CCUUUAUUUUAUUUUUUUUAUUGGCAGGUUUAUCAUCUUAUUACCGACUUCAUACUCGCAUAUGUCGGCCCUGAGCUUAUGGCACGCCUUGAGGAUCUGCAAGAAUCAAGAACUAAAGAAGCUCUGACCAUUGUUUCAGAGAGCUAUGGAUUGAUUGAGAGGUGCUUGCAAUCAUGUAAACCCAAAAGGAGCCCGGAUGAUGAGAACCUUAGAAUUGAGGUUAAGCAAUUGCUGCCAUACUUCCAGAAGUGGGACAUCCUGGGUGGUCAUUUCAACCUAAGCCUAGCAGCAAUCCUGACUAUAUACACACUACAGGUUCACUCAACAAACGUACAGGCCAAAGGAGUCGGCUUCUCCCAGAGCUUGACCAACAUGUCAGCCACUGCGAUGCCGAUAUGAAGAUAAAAAAUAAAAAAGAAAAAAAUAAUAUUUACAUAAAACAUUAUAGAAUGAAUUAAGCAUCCCCCC